UAAAUCUUCGUGCGAGCAACACUUGCAGUUUUUGGUACUGGUUCGUGCUGCUUCACGUGUUGUUCGCUUCCCGGCACGUUUGCACUGUACCACUUUCCAUCUCCAAACAUGGGUCGGAAACACGACGUCGUUUUGCUCAGCGAACCAGUCGCCGAAGAAGCCCCCAACAGCCCCGAACUCGAAUCAGAGAAGAAGAAGAAGAAAAAGAAGAAGAACAAAGACAAGCAUCAAAACGAAACAAGCCCCAAACGAAAGCUCGACCAACUCGACCUUCAAAACGGCACCGAAUUGAAGAAGAAGAAAAAGAAGAAGCACCACGAGUCGAAGGAGAGCGCCGAGGAAACCAACGGCAACAACAACACUAACGGCACUAACCAUGACGAAACGGUGACGGAUGGUUCCGUGGUGGUUACUGGUAAGAAUGUCGGCAACGCGAAAUAUGCGGCGGUGAAAACAUUUGCGGAUUCGGGGCUACCGGAGAACGUGCUGGAGUGCUGCAAGGGUUUCGAGAAGCCUUCGCCGAUUCAGUCCCGAGCGUGGCCUUUCUUGUUGGACGGUCGUGAUUUGAUUGGAAUCGCAGCCACUGGCUCAGGGAAGACGUUGGCUUUCGGCAUACCGGCAAUUAUGCAUGUUCUGAGAAAGCGUAAGAGUAAAGGUUCCAAGGGUCGGAAUCCUCUUUGCCUCGUGCUCUCUCCCACCAGAGAGCUUGCACAACAAAUAUCAGAUGUCAUGUGUGAUGCUGGUAGUUCUUGUGGUGUGGAAUCGAUCUGUUUGUAUGGUGGAACCUCCAAAGGGCCACAAAUCUCCUCACUAAAAUCUGGUGUUGAUAUUGUCAUUGGAACCCCUGGUCGUAUCCAGGAUCUGAUUGAAAUGGGUGUCUGCUGCCUUAAAGAUGUAUCUUUUGUGGUACUUGAUGAAGCAGAUCGGAUGCUUGACAUGGGUUUUGAACAAGUAGUUCGCUCUAUACUGGGUCAGACAUGUUCUGUUCGUCAAAUGGUUAUGUUUAGUGCUACAUGGCCUUUACCAGUUCAUCACUUGGCACAGGAGUUUAUGGACCCCAAUCCUGUAAAAGUUGUUGUAGGUUCAGAAGAUUUAGCUGCCAAUCAUGAUGUCAUGCAGAUAGUUGAGGUCUUGGAUGACCGUUCACGUGAUAAACGCCUGGUUGCUUUGCUGGAAAAGUACCACAAAUCUCAAAGGAAUCGAGUAUUGGUUUUUGUUUUAUACAAAUGGGAAACCACACGAGUUGAAAAUAUGCUUCAAGAAGGGGGUUGGAAGGUUGUGUCAAUACAUGGGGACAAAGCCCAGCAUGAUCGCACAAAGGCACUGUCAUUAUUCAAGAAGGGGAGCUGUCCUUUGAUGAUUGCUACUGAUGUGGCUGCCCGGGGAUUGGACAUUCCAGAUGUUGAAGUAGUGAUCAACUACAGUUUUCCUCUGACCACAGAAGAUUAUGUUCAUAGAAUUGGGCGGACUGGACGAGCUGGUAAGAAAGGUGUUGCCCAUACAUUCUUCACGCAGCAGAAUAAGGGGCUUGCUGGGGAGCUGGUGAAUGUUUUAAGAGAAGCAGGGCAAAUUGUGCCAGAUGCCCUCUUGAAGUUUGGCACGCAUGUAAAGAAAAAGGAGUCCAAGCUUUAUGGGGCUCAUUUCAAGGAAAUUCCUGUUGAUGCUCCAAAGUCUCAAAAAAUUACAUUUGACAACUCUGAUGAUGAAGACUAAAUGCUGGUGACUUAUGUUUAUUUUUGGUCGGAGGAAUAUGUGAAUUCGGUCAUUUUAACUCCUUAGUUUAGUUAUUUAUUCCCUUAAAAGAUAAUAAGGAAUUAUUAUAAGUAGAUUAGUGAGUCUUAUCUUGUUGUAGCACUUACUAAUAUGUGCUGGCAAGCAUUUGUUCUUUUCUUCACCUUAUGAGAUGAUAAUUUUUAAUUCACACAUGUAUUUUUGCCAUCUGGGAUUGUCUUUUAAUUUUCAAAGUUUGACAUUUUAUAUUUUUAAUUAAUUGAUUAAUAUAUUUCUUU